UCCCCCCCUCCCUUCAUCCUAGAAUUAAGAUGGCGCCGUUGACCAGGAAGUGAGAUAAACAACCGUGCCGAAAGAAAUAUGGAUUAAAUUCGGAAAUUGACACGGUCCAAACCAGCUUCGAGGGACAGCCGGUCGCCGAGGUGGGGGGGUAAUCGCAGGGAAAUGAGUUUGGAUUGUAUCCGAGAUGGCUGGAAUAUGAUGAAACACAUAGCUCCAUUGGGCACACUGACCAGCUCAGUCCCUGUGGUGCUGCGUAGAGCCUGAUGCCCAUCUCGACAUCUGUCGUCAUGAACACGGAGGACUUCCUGCACCCGGAGGGCCCUCAGCUGGAGAGCCCCAAAUACAGUGCGCCCAGUCCUCCACUCCCCAAUGAGAGUCAGCUGUUUUCCUCUUCCACAUGGACAUUUUCCCAGCCGCUUCAGUACAACCAGUACAGCUAUCCUAUGCAACAAUCUGGGAGGCAGUUCCCGGUCAACAACUCAUCUCUGGAUGAUUUCAGCUCAUUGGAUUUCUCAAACCUCACAUCAGACAGGAAUGAAAACUUUGCAACAGAACUGCCAUGUAUGGAUGACCUGUCGAACGGGUCUCUGUUCUCCUCUACCGCUGACUCGCUGUCUGAAUAUACUGACCCUUGCUUUAGCAUUGAUGGCAUGUCCCACCUACCCAGCGAAGGCCCUGCCUCAGCCCCCGCAUUCUGGGAGCCACCUGGACACAGCCAGAGACAGUUGACACGGUUUCCAGCUUUACAUAAUCUGGACGAACUCAGUGCCAUCUUGAACAACCAACCAUUAGAAGCAUAUAAGCCUCCUGAAAUCAUCAGUCAGACUCCACCAGAGGAGGAAGAGGAGGCAGAUGAGGAAGAGACGGAAGAACUCGGUCACGUAGACACUUAUUCUGAGUACAAGCCAUCGAAAUCUACUAUAGGAAUUUCACAUCCGGACAUUGUGGUAGAGACCAGCACUUUGUCCAGUGUCCCUCCCCCAGACAUCACCUACACACUCUCCAUCCCUGACAAAACUAUCCUGACUGGCAUGCUCUCUGCUUUGCAGCUCGAAGCCAUCAUCUAUACAUGCCAGCAACACGAGGUCAUCCUGCAGAACGACCAGAGGGCAGGCUUUUUGAUUGGGGACGGAGCCGGUGUGGGGAAGGGUCGCACUAUAGCUGGCAUCAUUCUAGAAAACUACUUAAAAGGAAGGAAGCAAGCCCUGUGGUUCAGUGUGUCUAAUGACCUGAAGUAUGAUGCAGAAAGAGACCUCAGGGACAUAGAUGCCCUGAAUAUUCCUGUGUUUGCUUUAAACAAGAUUAAAUAUGGAGACACAGCUACCUCAGAGGGCGUCCUGUUUGCCACAUAUUCAGCGCUGAUCGGGGAGAGUCAGGCAGGGGGACAGCACCGCACCCGGCUCAAGCAGAUAUUGGACUGGUGUAAACCUGGCUUUGACGGAGUCAUUGUGUUUGACGAAUGCCAUAAAGCUAAAAACGCGACAUCCACGAAGAUGGGGAAAGCUGUCUUGGACCUGCAGAACAAGCUGCCCCGGGCCAGGGUGGUGUACGCCAGUGCCACAGGUGCCUCCGAGCCAAAGAACAUGAUCUACAUGAGCCGGCUCGGGAUUUGGGGCGAGGGAACACCCUUCAGGACGUUCGAGGACUUUUUACAUGCCAUUGAGAAGAGGGGUGUCGGCGCCAUGGAGAUAGUUGCCAUGGAUAUGAAAGUCAGUGGCAUGUACAUAGCCCGGCAGCUCAGCUUUUCAGGCGUGUCGUUUCGGAUCGAGGAAAUCGCACUGGAUGAGGAGAUCAAGGUGGUCUACAACAAGGCGGCUCGACUGUGGGCUGAAGCACUGGAAGUGUUCACCAGAGCAGCGGAUAUGCUGGGACUGGUCUCUCGUAAGUCCCUCUGGGGCCAAUUCUGGUCCUCUCACCAGCGCUUCUUCAAAUACCUCUGCAUUGCCGCCAAAGUGCGCCGCCUGGUGGAGCUCGCUAAGGCCGAGAUGAAUCAGGGCAAGUGCAUCGUGAUUGGGCUGCAGUCAACCGGUGAGGCCCGGACUCGCGAGGUUCUGGAUGAGAAUGAUGGACACCUAGACCGAUUCGUCUCUGCAGCUGAGGGUGUGUUCCAGUCCCUGGUUCAGAAGCACUUUCCAUUAGAGAAACCGAAGCGAGAAAAGUCUGCUGCAAAUAAAAGAAAACGAAAACCAAGAGGUCGUCCACCCAAAUUUCCCAAACACUGUGUAGAGGUAGGCGGAGUUAUUAAGAUCAGCGAUGGCUCCGAUUCAGACUCCGAGGACAUGGAUAGCGACUCAAACUCAUCUCACGAGUCACUGCAAGACAAUGAUGAUGUCAUCUUUGUUAACCACAUCAAUGGACCUACUGCAAAACUAGAGGAGUUGAAGCAUGGUUUGCUGGCCAAGAUAGCAGAGCUGGGAAAAGAGCUCCCACUCAACACACUGGAUGAGCUGAUUGAUCAAUUCGGAGGGCCAGAGAAAGUGUCUGAGAUGACCGGGCGUAAGGGUCGAGUGGUGCGGCGGCUGGAUGGUAGAGUGCAGUAUGAAUCACGUGCUGAGCAAGGAUUCACCAUUGACCACGUGAACAUCAAAGAGAAGGAACGCUUUAUGGAUGGCGAAAAGCUGGUGGCGAUCAUCUCCGAGGCUGCAAGUUCAGGAAUUUCACUACAGGCAGAUAAACGUGUGAAAAAUAAAAAGAGACGGGUGCACAUGACGCUGGAGCUGCCGUGGAGUGCCGAUCGUGCCAUUCAGCAAUUCGGUCGCACGCAUCGCUCUAACCAAGUAACAGCUCCAGAGUACAUCUUCCUGAUCUCAGAGUUAGCGGGGGAGAGGCGCUUUGCUUCCAUUGUGGCCAAGCGCCUGGAGAGUUUGGGGGCAUUGACACAUGGUGAUAGACGAGCCACUGAGUCCAGAGACCUGAGCAAAUACAACUUUGAAAACAAAUACGGCACAAAAGCUUUGGAUCGGAUCACUAAGGCGAUCCUGGGACACAUUGAAAACAAAGUUCCACCACCAAAAGGCUAUCCAGGGGGCGAAGCACGAUUCUUUGCAGAUAUGAAGAAAGGGAUGAUUGACGUGGGCAUUUUCUGUAGGGAGCAACGCUAUACCCUCAACACGGAGAAAGACUGCACAAUCACUAAAUUCCUGAAUCGCAUUCUGGGCCUGGAGGUGCACCAACAGAACUUUCUGUUCCAGUACUUCAUCAACAACUUUGAAUACCUGAUUGACAAGGACAAAAAGGAAGGCAAAUAUGACAUGGGUAUACUCGAUCUGGCUCCAGGUAACGAUGAGAUCCGUGAAGAGAAACAGGAAGUGUUCCUGACCCCAGGGAACCCCCAAGAAGGCCAGGUCAUCCUUUAUAAGAUCAGUGUGGAUCGGGGAAUGCCGUGGGUCGAGGCCUCCAGCAAAGCAAACACACUGACUGGGGAUUAUGAAGGCUUCUACCUUUCACACAAGCUACGAGGGAGCCAGCCAUGCGUGUUGCUGGCAGAGCAGGGCCGAGGUCGGAAUCUUGUUGUCUAUAAGCCCAACAUCGGCAGACAGGCCCACCCUGAGAACCUGGACAAUCUGCUUCAGCGGUACCGCAAGGUGACAUCAGAAGAGGCCAAAGAUUGCUGGGAGAAUCAGUUUGGCUUCUCGUUACAGAAGUGCAGCCAUGCAAACUGGAAAGGCAAGUGUAAGCAGGUGGAGCAGGGUCAGGAGUGCUGGCAGGGCAUGCGUUUGAGACAGUACCACAUGCUGUGUGGUGCUUUGCUCAGAGUGUGGAAACGAGUCGCAGAUGUCGUCUCGGACAUCACCAACUCCAGCAUUCUGCAGAUUGUGCGCCUGAAAACCAAACAGAACAGCAAACAAGUUGGAAUAAAAAUACCGGAGAACUGUGUGGAGCGUGUACGCAGCGAGCUCUCUCAGAUGGACACGGAGGUGAAGCGAGCGCGGCAGCAGAAGGAGCAGCGGGCGCAGGAGCAGCGGGCACAGGAGCAGCGUGCGCAGGAGCAACGGGUGCAGGAGCAACGCAUCCGUCAGGAGCUUCUCAGGCUCGAGCAGCAGAAAAGGUUCAAGAGUUUUGGUUACACUGCUAUGCAUCUGACAAAUCCCCCACCCUACCCCGGGCAACUGCCCAAGAACCGUGCAGUAGAUGAAGUGCUGGACCUGACACUCAGCCCCUGUCCGUCCCCUGAGCCCAAUUUGACUCAUGCAAACGGAGCCCUGAGCCUGAACGGAUUAUCAGGCAUGAACAGCAUUUCUGGCAUGCGGAGAGCAGCAGGGGAAGGGGGCCCGAAGAUCCCUGAGACAUUUUACCUGGAAGAGCUGAUCUCCCAGGAGCAGCAGAGGGAGAGACCACCACCCUUACAGCACAAGAUGACCCAUAACAGCUUAGACGCCCUGCAAACCAUUCAUACGCUGAAGCAACACGCGGCGCUGAGCGUGCUCCAGCAAAACAGGCCCAACCCGGGGCAUUUGCUCACACCCCAGCAGAACUCAAGCAGUCAGUUUAGCACACAGCUGCUCCGACACAACGGGAGCAAACCGGACAUCAACACGCUUACCAACCACGGGAUACGCGUGCAGCCGUUUUCACAGCAUGUAAACUCCAUGUCACUGCCACCUCACUUGCUUCAGCCCUCUCCUAUCCAGCAGGACAGUCGUCAACACUCACUGCUACACACACAAACGCACAGUUUGCAUGCACACGUACGGGAAAACCAAAUGCCAGUCAGCGAACCUGCUCCGCAUUCACUAAAACUGGGGCAGCAGGGGUCACUCGCCUGUCAGUCCGAAAAUUCGGCACCUUCACAGGAAGACUUCAAUUUCAACCUCGGCCUGCUCGGUCAUCCUUCGUUCUCGUUAACCCCCCAAGCCCCUCCAUCCCCUUCAGUUUCGUGUUCCUCGCCUGGGACGUCGUCGCUCUUCAAUUCAGACCCCCAAUCAUCGUCCCUCUCAGACUCCAUCUCUCCUUCUUCGUUGUUCGCUCCGUUGUCGUCCGAGCGACAGUCUCUUCCUUUACCCAACGGCCACAGCAGCAUGGACGCACAGGACGCCCACAAGACCCUCGACCGACUGGCUCGGGGAAGUUCUGCAGACCGCCGUCACUCAGUCAUUCAGUUCAAUUCUCUUGAAUGGGACACCCCCUAGUGGCCACUACUGCCUGCGAGCUCAUAUCACCACUGUAACCCGCACAUGACAGUUCUGUCCCGUUUCGUUACUGUGAUCUCAGCAUGUCUGGCUGAGGUAUUUUGCAGUAGGUGUUGUUCUUUAUUUCAGUUCGUCCUCCCACCCCAGAUCAUUCAUCCACUGGCUCUAGUAUAGUCGUUUUUUUUUUUUUUUUUUUUAUCAUCAUCAUCAACAGUGUUUCUUUCUUCGCUGAAAUUAAGGUCCGUUAAUCGGGGGUGCUUGACAAGGGUUUAGAUGAGAUUGUCGAACACGGCGAUUAAUACCCGUGUAGUUUUAAUCCAAGCGCCUCACUCUUUCCCAGUUCAGAAAAAAAAAAAUACAAUUCCGAGCGGUACACUAUUUCAGAAGUCGUUGUUUAAUCAUCUUAAAAUCAGUUGCGAAGCAUUAACUAACAUUCAUCACUAUAGCUGCACCUGAACGAUUCAUCGUUCCACAUAAUACGUCGAUGUGUAUUAUUAUUAAUUCAUUUUUAUUUUUUUUUUACAAACCACAAUGCUGACCAUUCAGAACAACUGCAUACAUCUUGGAAAAGCUUCACCAGUGCACCUUCUCACAAUUCUGCAAAUAUCAAAUGCGUGUUUGUUUAUUUAUAUGGCCUUUUAAGGCAUUUGUUACACCUACUUCCUGCUUCCUAAGUAGAAUCAGACCUGGAACAAAAUGCCUUUAGCUCAGUCAGUGCCUUUGUAUCAUUACGAUGCAGUUACCUGUGUGCGUGCGUGUGUAUGUGCGUGCAUGUGUGUACGUUCUAUAAAAGCAGUUCGAAUACAUAUUAUUUAUUAUCGUGAUCAUCCUCUUGCUCCCUCUACAAAGAUGCCCGAUCUACUUCACACCAGACAGGUUCAUUGAUGUAGACAUUUGUAACACUGCUGUUGCAUAUUGACCCCCCCGUGAAUCCCCCAUAUAAUUCCAUGGGCCUGAGCCUGAGUAGAGGGACGGAAUGGCUGGAAAAUAUCUAGGGUAUGAAAACAAAGCUACCACACAUCAUCCCUAGGUCAAUGAAGUACUCUCUUUGCUUUACUGCUCGUUUUGUACUUUUCUCAGGUAUAGUGUAUACUUAUUACUGUCCAGACCAAUUAUUAUUUAACUCGAAUAACUAAAGGACCUUGUUUUUAACUUUGGGGGUUGGAAACCAAAUUAUUUAUUAGGCAACUCCAUUUAUCUUAAAAGCUUUGUUUUUUUUGCUUUUAUUUUAUUUUCUUUUUACCUGAACCAACUACAUUAUUAUAGACUUUUGACAGUUAAACUUCUGGACCUCAUGUUCACCUCAGUCUCCUUUUUUUUAAGGAGUAAAAACAUUUAGCAAUAAAAAUACUCGCCCCUUGAACAAGUGGAAAAAAAAAUAAAGAGCUCGAUUAGGAUCGUCCUCAGGCUCUCGUUUCCUUUUCAUAUUUUUCAGAUGUAUUAGACAAACUAUUAUAUUAAGGAAGAAAAAAAAAGAGUAAAGAUUACUAAGGAUACGUUUCUUAUGAGGUCAAGAUAUUCUUGUAUAGGUGGAAUGGAAGCAAUUUAUUGUCUUUGGUGUCGUUGCUGUUCUUGAUGUUUGUAUUCUUGUUAUAUUGACUAUAAUUAUUGUUAUUUAUAUCCAUGGGACAUUUUAGUGGUGGAUAGUCCUGCUUAUAACCUUGUUGAGUAGUUUAACACUUUUUAAACGUCUUGUUCGGGUCUUACUUUCUUCAUGUAUUCUCUAUUUACGAAAAGAAGAAGAAAAAAAAUGCUUAUUUGAACUCGUCACCAAAAUCAACUGCACUGCCUUUGCACCGUGUCCAUCGUCCAUCAUCGCUGUGUCGUUUUCUGUGUCUCAUUCAUCUUUCACACUUGGUGAUACAAAAUGUGCAAACUCUCUCUACAAUUUUUUUUUGGGCUUUAGCCACUGAUCCCAGUCACACCAAAGUCUCCUGCUUGGUCAUGUGUAAUCUCAGGAAAAGUUAGGGAAUCUUUUUAAGUAAUGCACAGCAGUGAAACACUGUGCUGCAUUUCUGACUACUGUAUUUCUUCAACUUCAGCUUUUCAAUUUUUCAAUCGAUCAGACGUUGAACUGGCUUUCUGAUAUCCCAGAUGUUGAUUCGUAAUCCCAUUAUUUAAAAAAAACAAACAAAAAAAAAAAGAUUCUACACAGUCAGUUCCUUCCUUGUUUCCCUCUCCCCUUCACUGUCCUGUUUACUGUGCAUUAUUGUAAAUGGUUCCUUGACCAUCUUUCGACAUGUCUCUAGUCUUGAGAUAUUCGCCCACUGUGUAAGAGAUGAGAUUGCUCUGCUGUUGCUCAGAAAACUCGUCCUAAUUUCUUAUUUUUUGUUCUUUUUUUUUUUUCCCCUUCCUCUCCCCUCUUCUCUACCCAAACUUUUAUAUCCUGUCAAAGUGUAAAAUCAUGGAAACGAACACUUUCGUAACAAAAAACAAAAAACAAAAAACAUUUAUUAAAAGUGCUACUGAUUGUAUGUAUUAUUGUUAUUUCCAGUUAAAAAGAAAUUAUUUUAAGCACUUUUACCUUGGGCUUCUGUAUUUUACCUGAAAUAUUUAUGAUUUUAGUUGGAAAUGUAAAUAUUGUAAACAACCGUGCCUUUUGAUUCAUUCUGAACGUUUUCUACAACAUAACAGAAGGAAUAUAUUGUACUGCAAUAUUAAUUUUGUUAACAAACAAAAUAAAAGUCUAAAGAGUUUGUCGAAA